UCUCAAUCUCAUUUUCUCUCUCCUAAAUUUCAUAAUUUGCCGACAUUUUUCCUUAAUCUGUUUCUUUGUUCAAGGUUAAUACAUUUGGUGGUUAUAGAUAUCUAUUAAUAUGGGUGACAUUCACAAUGAUCCUCGUUCACAAGCAGAAACUACAUGUGGGUCUCUUUUGUAUGAACUUCAGAUAAUAUGGGAUGAGGUGGGUGAGUCUGAAACAGCAAGGGAUAAGAUGCUACUUGAGCUUGAACAAGAAUGCCUUGAAGUAUACAGGAGAAAAGUUGAUGUGGCUAACUGCUCUAGAGCUCAGCUACGACAGUCUAUUGCUGAUUCAGAGGCAGAACUUGCAGCCAUCUGUUCUGCGAUUGGAGAACUUCCGGUACAUAUCAGACAGACUGAGCAAAAGUCUGGAAGUUUAAAGGAGGAACUCAAUGCCAUUCUUUCACAACUAGAAGAGAUGCGGAAAAGAAAAGCAGACAGGAAGAAUCAGUUUCUUGAGCUCAUUGAACAGAUUCAAAAUGUAUCAAUAGCAAUACAUGGAUCAGCUGGAUAUGAUAGCUCGACGGAAUCUGUGGAUGACAAUGACUUGACUCUAAGAAGGCUUGAAGAAUUGCAAAAACAACUGCAAUCCUUGCAAAUGGAGAAGAGUGAUCGCCUGAAGCAAGUCCUGGAGAACCUAAGUGCAUUGAGUUUAUUGUGCUCUGUCCUUGGAUUGGACUAUAAGGAAACUGUAAAAGAACUUCAUCCCAGUUUAGUUGAAUCUGAAGGAAAUUAUAGUAUAAGCUCUCAUACGCUUCAACAACUGGAGUCUUCCGUAAAGAGUUUGCGAGAGCUUAAGCUUCAGAGGAGACAGAGGCUCCAAGACCUUGCUACCAUGUUGCUGGAGCUCUGGAAUCUGAUGGAUACACCAGUUGAAGAACAACAACCAUUUCAACAUGUCACAUGUAAUAUUGCUGCUUCAGAAGAUGAGAUAACCGGCCCCAACAUGCUUUCAGCAGAUUUUAUUCAAUACGUUGGGGCAGAAGUUUCCAGGCUAGAAGAGCUUAAAUCAAGUAAGAUGAAAGAGCUUGUCUUGAAGAAGAGGGCAGAGUUAGAUGAAAUUUGUCGGAAGACACAUAUGAUUCCUGCAUUAGAUGAUGAAACAGAACAUCUUAUUGAGGCAAUAGAAUCAGGAGCAUUGGACCCUGCUUCUGUCCUCGAACAAAUGGAACUAGAAGUUUCCAAGGUCAAAGAAGAAGCUUUUAGCCGCAAAGAUAUUCUGGAAAAAGUUGAGAAGUGGUUAUCUGCCUGUGAGGAGGAGGAGUGGCUUGAACAGUAUAAUAUGGAUGAAAAUAGAUACAAUGCCGGAAGAGGUUCUCAUCUCAUCCUCAAACGUGCAGAGAAAGCACGAACAAUAGUUAAUAAGCUUCCAGGGAUGGUUGAGGCUUUGGCUGCAAAAACUCAACAUUGGGAGGAAGAAAGAGGUCUCGAGUUCUUGUAUGAUGGUGUUCAUCUUCUUUCCAUGCUCGAGGAGUAUAUUACAUUACGGCAAGACAAGGAACAAGAAAAGAAACGACAGCGGGAACAAAAGAAACUUCAAGGACAACUGAUGGCAGAACAAGAGGUACUUUUUGGCUCUAAACCUAGCCCAAUGAAGUCUGCAAAGAAAAGUUCUAGAGUAUCUGCGGGAGGAGGAAACGGUAGAAGGGUUUCUGUUGGAGGAAAUGCAAUUCAAACACCUCGCCCUGACUCAUCUCAUUCAGCCAGAGGAACACCAAAUUUGCGCCCUUCUAAGAGAGAUGACAACAUGGGAUCACAAACUGUGCAAAGAGUUUUGGACAAGAACUUCACGUUCAACGGUCGUGAAACAGAACCAGCUGUGGUACGAAGACCUUUCUCUCCCAUUUCUUCCACGGCAUCAACAAGAGCACAUGAAGAUUUCUAUGAUGAUGAUAACAAUGCCAUGCAACAGCAAACAGCCUUCCAGAAAGAGACAUCCCAACAAAUAUUUACUACACCCUCAAAGAAUAUUCCUGCUGAAGAUGAAGAAAACUGGACACCAAAAAUGCAUAUUCCUGAACCUGCAACACCUUCAACAGCUUCAGCUCCAAUGCACACAUCUAUGACACCUGCGCCUCUUCAUCAACCUGAUUUUCAUGAUGGUGAUAAAUUAGUGGAAGAAACUGAUGAAGAGGUUGAAUAUUCAUUUGAGGAAAGAAGAGCAGGUUUUGUAUUGCCUAAUACUCAUCUUAAAAGAGUGAUACAAGUGUGACUGUGUUAGGCUAUAGAAAAACCUUGGAAGUUAGAAUAUUAGAGGAAUCCUUUUUCUGAAAACAUAAUAUUCGGCAGGGUUUUGUGGUCACGUUGUUCAAAUUACACUAUGAAUGUGACUAUAAAUUCUUGAUUGGGCGGAGUACAUAGUUACUUUAGUUGAUGGAUGAGCCAAAUUAUUUCUAUUGGCUUCUUCAUCUUUCUACACUUGUAUAUUACUACACAGUGCUGCAUUCUUAAUUUUUAUUUUGUUGCUUGAACUUGUCAAUUGUAUGCUUGUGAAAUACUCAUAUUUCUUUAUUCAAUUGGAAAUAAUUACGUUCUCCUUUGACCAUUCAUAAUCUUUGUCAUGUUAC